AUGACUCAAGCCAAUAUGGAAAUGGGGAUUGCCUUCCUCACUCAGACUGCAGCUGGGGUCCUAGGGAACUCCUGUCUCCUUUGUUUUUACACCUAUACCCUCUUAACUAGAAAGACAGUGAGGCCCACAGACCCCAUCUUCAGCCAUCUGGCCAUUGCCAAAAGCUUGGUUGUUUUAUCCACUUGGAUCCCACACACAAUGGUAGGUUUAGGAUGGAAAUACUUUCUAGAUGAUGCCACAUGUAAAGUUGUUUUGUAUUUCCACAGAGUAGCCAGAGGAGUUUCUCUUAAUGCCACCUGUCUUCGGAGUGGCUUCCAGGCUCUGUCCCUGAGUGGAAAAUUUUUGGUGAGAAUAACAGGCCUCUCUCCUGACUUGGUUAGCAGUCUUGGUGCAGUUCCACAUCCCUUCAUAGCCUGGAGACCACACAGCUUUGUGUGCUACACCUUCCUCACUGGACAGAAGAUGAGGCCCACAGACCCCAUCUUCAGCCAUCUGGUCAUUGUCAACAACUUGGUAGUUUUAUCCUCUGGGAUCCCUCUGACAAUGGCAGGAUUUAGAUGGAAGUACUUUCUAGAUGAUGCUGGAUGCCUGCGAAAACCCUUUGCAACAUUAUUACAUGUUGUGUUAUUCUUUUCCAGUGAUGUUAUGUGCUUGGUUUUCAUGAUGUGGGCCAAUGGCUCCAUGGUCUUUGUUCUGCACAGACACAAGCAGCGGGUCCAGCACAUUCACAGCUGCAUUCCCUCCUGA